UCAUUUAUUUUAAAAUGGCAUAUCAAAUUGUCGAUGUCAUAGACAUAUCCAAAGGUAAAGUUGAGGAUUUAAAUCAAAUAACUGCUAAGAGCUUAUUGAAAUUUGUAUUGAAUUUUAAUGGAAGCACGGCUUAUGCUAUUGAACAAGAACCAAUUGCUCCUAAAAACGCAAAUUCCUUAUCAUUGAAAGGACAGACAAUUAUUAUACAGUUAGAUAAAAUUAAAUCUUUUAAUGGCAUACUUUUCUUGACUCAAUCAAAUUGUAAAAUAAUGUAUAAUCCACAACUUAAUAAAGACAUAAAAGUUUUCAAUGAUAAAGCUGAUAACCAAAUUCUGAAAGAUUUCGAAAAAGGUGGCCUUUCAUAUUAUAAUAGUUCAGGACAUAAUUUAAAACCUCCUCCAUUCAUACCCUUUGAUAACAGUAUUACAGGUUCCAAUGCAAAUAAUUUAAUGAUCUAUCCACAAACAAAUUUAAACAAAAGUUAUCACUCAACUGAAUCACUCAAUAAAUCAAACAGGUUUGAUCAAAACAACAAGGCCGAGUCAUUCUUUAAUAAUACCCAAAAAUUUAAUAAUCCACAUAAAAAGGAUAGAUUUGAUGAUAAAAAUAGCAAUUUUCAAAAAGAUAAAAAAAUAUAUAAACCAGAUAAUCUUGCUAAUAACUCUAACUAUACAUCUAAAAACAAUAACACACGUCCACGUAAUUAUCCUCCUCCAUCUAAUAUUAGUUCCAACAAUUUUUCUGGAAAUUAUAUGAAUGCCUUUCCUCCUAUAAACAACAAUAAUUUUCCUCCUUUAAACCUGCAAAAUUUUCCUCCACCUAAUAACAUGCACAAUUUUCCCCCACCUAAUAGCAUAUCAAAUUUCCCUCCACCUGGUAUGCAAAAUCCUUAUAAUAGUAACAUCUAUCCAGCAAAUAAUAUGUUUAAUAUGCCAAAUCCAUACAUGAAUCAAAAUUUACCUCUUAAUUUUAAUCCCUUUAAUGCACAAAAUAACUAUCAAUACCGUUGACUUAUUUU